AUGGCUCCUCCUUCUUCUCCCUUCCCAACCAAGAAAUGCGGCGUCCUAGGCUGCACUGGCUCCGUCGGUCAGCGGUUCAUCCUCCUGCUGGCGCAACACCCACACUUCGUGCUGCACGCCGUCGGCGCCUCGUCGCGUUCGGCCGGCAAGAGGUACAAGGAUGCCGUGAGGUGGAAGCAGGCGUCGCCGAUGGGACGGCAGGUCGAGGAGCUGAUCGUGAAGGAGUGUAAGGCGAGCGAGUUUGCGGACUGUGAUGUGGUGUUUAGUGGCCUGGAUGCGGACGUGGCGGGGGAUAUUGAAAUGGAAUUCCUUAAAGCCGAGCUCGCCGUCUUCUCCAACGCAAAGAACUACCGCCGCGACCCUCUCGUCCCCCUCGUCGUGCCCACCGUCAACCUCCCCCACUUCGAUGUCAUCCCCCACCAGCGCGCACACUACGGGCUCAAGAAGGGCUUCCUGGUCUGCAACUCCAACUGCGCCGUCAUUGGCAUUGUGAUCCCGUUUGCCGCCAUACAAAAAGAAUUCGGGCCCGUAGAUCAAGUCAGCGUCGUCACCAUGCAGGCCGUCUCCGGCGCCGGAUACCCCGGUGUGAGCAGCAUGGACAUCCUGGAUAAUGUAGUUCCCUUCAUAUCAGGGGAAGAGGACAAGCUGGAGACGGAGGCGCAGAAGAUCCUGGGGAGGGUGAAUGCAGAGGUUACGGGGUUCAACGAUCAGUCGGACCUCAAGAUCUCCGCGGCGUGCAACAGAGUCGCUGUGCUCGACGGCCACAUGGCGUGUGUGUCCCUGCGGUUCAAGAAUCGAGACGCGCCCAGACCGACGGCGGAGCAGGUCAAGAAGGCGCUGAGCGGGUAUGUGAGCGAGGCGACGACGCUGGGCUGUCCGUCCGCGCCUGAGCCGGCGAUAGCGGUCAUGGAGGAGCCGGAUAGGCCGCAGCCGCGCCUGGAUCGCAAUACGCAGAAUGGCUAUACGGUUAGCGUGGGGAGGGUCAGGGAGGAUGAUAGCGGGAUCUUUGAUCUGAAGUUUGUGGCGUUGAGUCACAACACGGUUAUUGGUGCUGCGGGGUCGUCGAUAUUGAAUGCUGAAGCUGCAGUGCUGAAGGGUUACAUAUGA